AUGAUUGCUGCUGCUCUUGGCGAUAUCUCCCGCGAUUUGAGGAUUGAUAACCAUACUGCUCAGAUUAUAUUUUCUACUUACUUUCUCGAUCUGGCCAUAGGAUCUUUCGUGGCUGCCGCAUUCUCUGAAGUCACUGGUCGAAAAGGUAAUUCGAAGGCUUUGAUGAUUACGGCCAGACUCAUGACGGGAAUAAGAGCCAGUGGUGGUAUCACGGUAUGUAUCACUACAAAGAGAUCCAUUCCUCAAAGCUCAUUGACUGACGGUUGCCACUCCUCAAAGCUUACUGGACCCGUCAUAGCCGAUAUGUAUGGCAAACGAGGACGUGGAAAACCGCUCGCAAUUGCAUCUUUUCUACCCUACCUUGGACCUGCGCUUGGCCCGAUCUUUGGAGGCAUUAUCGCACAAUUGGUGGUGUGGCCAUGGAUAUUCUGGAUCAUGUCGAUUUUUAAGAGUUUUCAUAACCUCAGCGUGAUACUGUUUCAUUCGGGAAUCUUAUACACCAUGAUUCAAUUAAUCACAUUCGCAUUUGGAGUUGGCUUUGGCAUUUACACGAUUUUGAAUUCAACUUCUGCCACUCUUUAUAUAGAGCGUUACAAUCAGACUGUAUCUAUCAGCGCUCUUCAUUAUAUUGCAAUCGCCAUUGGUGCAAUAGCUGCGUCUCAAAUUGGGGGUCGUAUCAUGGACUGGCUGUACAGAAGUCUUAGCAACAAAAACAACAAUCAUGGCAGACCGGAGUUCCGCGUUCCAUAUUCAAUGGAUGGUGCUAUGUUAAUGCCGAUUGGACUGUUCUGGUACAGCUGGGUUGCCGAAGUAACUGGCCCAUGGCCAGUAGUUGACAUCGGUGCAUCUGUCUUGAUCCUAGAGAAUAUGGUAUUCAGUCAAGGUCUUCUUGCUUACGAAUUGUAUGAAUUUGGUAAAUACGGGGCAUGGGCAAAUGUGGCAUCCCGAGUGGGUUCGAACAUUAUGGGAUUCAUUUUACCUACCUUCGGGCCCCAGCUUUAUGAAAAGUUGGGGUUCGGAUGGGGCAACAGUCUGUUGGGCUCUAUAUGGAUUGUAUCAGGCGGUCCCAUCUGUUUUGUAUUGUACUAUUGGGGUAAAAGGAUACGUGUAAUUGGUAAAGAGACUGAAGAUGGAAGUUCUCUACAUAAUUGA